CCGCUCACCCCUGCUAGUUCCCAUUGAGUCCCCCACCUCAUGUAUAAAUCCAGUGCUGCUUCCCAUCUCAACAACCCAACAUUUCAUUCCCUUCCCAACUUUCCAACGCUCCUGCUGUAUGCCACCUUCGCCAUGAGACCAACUCGGCCAUACCGCCAUUUCACGAGACCGUCGUAUUACGUGUCCUAACCCUCAAAUUUCCCUCACCUAGCCAGGCCAGUCCACUGAUUAGCUGAUACUCCUCUGUAAGUACCCCUCAGUUCUCCGUCGCUGGCGUCAUUACCAGGAAUCUGCUUCGUACUGACAACGAUCUCAAUCUAGCUUAUCUCGGUCACGCCGACGCUCUACCACGCGUCCAUCGCUAAGACGAAGCUUUCCCCCUUCUCUAGGCCCGUAUGCGAUCAAGUCAAGACGCCGUUGCUGGGCUCAGCAUCGCUAUCCUUCUCCAAUGUCUCCGCUGAAAUUCAUGCCUAGCAUCCUUCAGGCUUCCUACGAGACUUUUCGUCAAUGGGAGGUGUGACACGAUUCCUGGGUCAGCAUAAAGUGGGAGGGUCUUUUCGGGAAACAAAUGCUUGGGCCAGAGAGAGCCAGCUCAGCUCAUGACGCGGCAAACCAAGGAAGAGGCAGGGUAAGCAGGCUUGGAGAGGGUCUAGACUAAUCUCGAUUCCCCUCUUUGGCAAAGGGUCCCCCAGUUUGAGACUCGCAGGACCAACAAGUACGGGUCGUACUUGUUAGUGCCUGUACAGGGUACGAACAAGUCAGAAGAUAGCUGGAGUGUUUGGAGGGGGGCUAGUUGAGCUAGCAUAGGGUGGGGCGUAUCACAACAACCUAGUUUCCUGCUAGCUAGAAGAUUUCUCGCGAUUCUCUCUACACAAGUUUCCUUUUACAGUAAUCACCCUACCCAUGAUUGCCUAAUAGGGGACCUCUUCCCGGAUUCGCCAAAAUCCAACUGCAUAGCAUGACGAUGUACAGCCCAUCUAGACGGUCCGAAUUCCGUUUGUACAGCACAUUCAGUUCAUGACGCAGCAAACCAAAGAAAAGGCAGAUCAAGCAAGCUCAGAGAGGGCCCAGAACAAUUUCGAUUCCCAUAUUUGGCAAAUGUCUUCCAAUUUGAGAUUCGUAGGACUUACAGUAGGGGUCCUACUCGUUGGCGCCUGGGCAAGGUGUAACAACGCAAGAGAUGGCCGGAGUGGUUGGAGGAGGGUUGGUUAAGCUAGCAUACGGUGGGGCGAAUCACAACAACCUAGUUUCCUGCUAGCUAGAAGAUUUAUCGCGAUUCUCUCUACACAAGUUUCCUCUUACGGUAAUCACCCUACCCAUGAUUGCCUAAUAGGAGACCUCUCCCCGGAUUCGCCAAAAACCAGCUGCGUAGCAUGACGAUGUACAGCCCAUCCAGACGGCCCUAUUCGCCUUUGGAUAAUACACGCUGGAGACUUAGCCUGCAAAUACGCGGUGGGCCUCUCGAGAUGGAGUUCCCCUUGACCCAUCAGCGGUUCCGAAGCUCUCCUGCCUGUCGAGACAUGAGGCUGUGAUCUGCCAAUACCGUAACUCGGUGUGGCCGAGAUAGUUGUUGGGUGUUUUAUUACAUUUGAGGAACAUUUCACGGAUUAGCGGCUAUUUCCAGACUCUGUAUGUGGCGCGGUUCGUCACUUAGAGGCUAGAACGAGAGCAGGGGAUGGCAGAUGCAAAUUGCAAAUUCUGUCUAAAGUGCGUAGUAGGACAGGUAUAUAAGAAGUCAUCAUCUCCCCCAUCUGUAUUCUACAUCUAAUUAUCAGAUUUCAAAGACGCUCUCCACAUAUUUACUCUACGCUCAAGAUGGCCACCUUCAUUCCUUACGUUUCGAAACCACAAAACGCUACCAUUCGGAAGUCCAACAAGCUUGUUUUCAAAAAUCUUAACUCGCAAGAUUACUCGCGGAUCGAAUCAAGUGAUGUGCUAGUUGAAAUGCUGCCGGCGCCUAGAGGAGCAACAAGCGAAAAGGACUGGCAAGGCACAGCUGCUAGUGAGAGCAUAGCUCAAGGUACUCAAGGUAUGUGUUCAAACCCACAAUACUACUGUCGCCGUCUUUGUCUAACAAAAUAGCGGACUCAAUAUCGGCAAAAGAAGGGCUGGGUGCAAAGAGUAAUAUCUGUAGCCAGGAAUCGAAAGCUAGUAGCGGCCAUGGUACGUGAGCUGGGUUUCACAGACGUAGUGCAGAGAAUUCUUAGUUAGUACUACAGAUAUAAUUUCCAAUCACAUAGCCGAGGGGUAUGCCAAUAUUGGCGAUGUCAUCGAUAACGACAAGGCCCUGUGUGUUUCUAAACGACAGAGAUAUGACUCUCCCCUCCCCGACGAAAUACCCUCACACUACGAUAAAAAGCGACAACGGCGUUCUCCUUCAUCAUUCUAGGGGAUGAAAAGGACGACGGAGCUUUUAGCAUUCACGUUGACGGAGACAUUUGUAGUACUGCUAGAACGACUCCUGUACUUGAACUGGAUCACCUAACAGAGUCCAGCGUAUUUCCAGAGGUCAUUAACGACGACCAAGAGUGGGAGGUCCGACGAAUCAUUGGCAAAGAGGUCAUUGAUGGUGAAACGAACUACUUGGUGGACUGGAACCCGACAUUGCUCCCUGCGCACUUGCUAGGGCAUGCAAAGGAGUUGGUGGGCAAAUUUGAGGACCGCCUUCGAGCACAGCGCGAGGCUAAGAACGGGCCAAGGGGGGCUGGUUUAAAGCGAAAAGGGAGAGGGGCGACUAGAAAUGCUGAUGGGCAACACAAGAAACCAGGACGCCAGCCCCGGAAGGAGGAGUAA